UACUCACUCUAUUUAAUUUGUUCAGUAUUUAAUCUCUUUUUAUUGGUUUCCUCAAUGUCCAUCGUAUUCUCUCAUACAGUUCUCACAAAGCAAAAUCCCCUUCUUUCUCCUCUCUUCUAGAGACUUCUUUUUCUGCUUCUCUCGCUUUGCCCUUGCAAUGGCGUCUGAUCUGGAGAUCAAAGCCAAAGAAGCCUUCAUCGAUGACCACUUCGAACUCGCUCUCGAUCUCUACUCUCAAGCCAUCGAACUUAACCCUAAAAACCCUGAACUCUACUCUGACCGCGCUCAAGCUAACAUCAAACUCAAUAAUCUCCCCGAGGCUGUCGCGGAUGCAAACAAAGCAAUUGACUUGGACCCUUACAUGUCUAAAGCUUACUUGCGUAAAGCUACUGCGUGUAUGAAGCUUGAGGAGUAUCAUACUGCUAAGGCUGCCUUGGAGAUUGGUGCCGGUUUGGCACCAGGAGAGUCAAGAUUUUCCAAGUUGAUCAAAGAAUGUGAGGAGCGCAUUGCAGAGGAAACUGGUGACUUAUCAAAGGAGACGCAGGAAGAGGUGACAACAAAUGUUGUACCUGCAAAAGAAGAUAAGCCAGACAAGGAUCUGCCUGAUCCAGUGACUGUGGCAGCACCACCCAAACCAACUUACAGGCAUGAAUUUUACCAGAAACCAGAGGAAGUGGUUGUCACAAUAUUUGCUAAAGGAAUACCACGUGAAUGUGUUGAAGUAGAUUAUGGUGAACAAAUACUAAGUGUUGCCAUCAAUGCUCCUGGUAAAGAUGUAUAUCAUUUCCAACCUCGCUUAUUUGGAAAGAUAAUACCUGACAAGUGCAGAUAUGAUGUUUGGUCAACCAAAAUUGAGAUUCGGCUGGCAAAAGCUGAACCAAUUCAGUGGGCAUCUCUUGCAUUUAGCAUGGAAGUUGUUGUUCCCCAAAGGGUUAAUGUAUCUUCUGUUACUGCAAAUCAAAGACCAGUGUACCCAUCCUCCAAACCGAAGAGGGUUGAUUGGGAUAGAAUUGAAGCUCAAGUAAAGAAGGAGGAGAAAGAUGAAAAGCUAGAUGGUGAUGCGGCUUUGAAUAAGUUUUUCCGGGACAUUUAUCAGGAUGCUGAUGAGGACACAAGGAGGGCCAUGCAGAAAUCUUUUGUGGAGUCAAAUGGGACGGUGCUUUCAACAAACUGGAAAGAAGUUGGUGCAAAGAAGGUAGAAGGAAGUCCUCCUGAUGGUAUGGAAAUGAAGAAGUGGGAAUACUGAGCUCUUUGUUUCUAAUGGGAAGAUUGUAACUUGGACUGGGAUUUUGGUCUGUGAAUGUUGUUUUCUUUUCUUCAAUGUAAUUUGUAAUGUGUGUGUCGCUUGGGUGUGCUUGAAUGCCGAAAUUUGCUUCCAAGUAAAGGUAGAUGGAAUUCUUGACUUUGUAUCUUUGGUUUUUAAGCUUUCUUUUGGGGAUUUGUGUAGUUAUUUUGGUCUUAAACUUCCACCUUGUCAUUGUUGAAUGCGAUGAACAAUGUGACUUGGUAUUUUUCUU